UCCGCCCAUCGUGGAUUUCCGAAGCUUCGCUCCUUCCAUAACUAGAUAAUGGCGUCUGGGAAGAAAACAACCCUGGUUUGGGAGUGAAAAAUAAUUUAAGGAAUGAGCUAAAGUGACGCUUUGGUGUUGAAGUGGAAGGGAGCGGUCUGAAGCACGAAGGUAGCCCACUUUGAACAUUUCAUAUCCCCAUGAAUGGUGCAAUGGUACAGAGCUGCGAUCCGGAUCGUCUUACGGUUUUCAUAGAAGGAUGGCUGAUCCAAACUGCUCUUUCAGUAACUACAAGCCACAGAUCCACUUGAAGCAGGAGAGCAUGCUGGAUGCCCAGCUCCUGGUACCAACAGCUCCCAGUGACAGGAUGACCUCAGAUCUGUGCCAGGGUGUGCUCUACAACCGCUGGUCGGUGCUUACCGAUGAUGUCCAGCCUGCAGCCGCCACACAUGGUAGCAGUCUGCCCAGGCCUCAAAACAGCUUGUCUCAUUCUGGUAAUGGUCCAGACAUAUAUGGAAUGGUCUCCAGUAUCCUAGAAGAAGCAAAUGGAUCGGAGCGUUUUGAAGAUUGGAAUUCUUCAUCAAACUUGUUUCCAUCGUGGCCAGCAGAUGGCAGCCAAAUGAACCAGCAAGCAAAAAUGGUGCACAACGCAAACAGAUUUUCUGAUGCAGCUAUUGACUUCUAUCAAGAUGCUUUUGAAGAAACACCAGGAGAUGAUGUGGAAAAGUUGUACCAAAGUUUCCAUGGACUUGGCUUAAUAGAUACUUGGUUUCUUGAAAAUCAGAAAUGCCCAGAUUUGGCCACUUUUGAGCCCAGGUGUUUUGCUGCAACACCGUACACAGACAGCUCUGGGAUCAAAAGUCAUUCCUUCUUUCCCAGGGAAGAUUUUGUCUGCAAUAGAGAAGAGUUUGGACCAUGUCUGCAAGUAGCUGGUCAAGAGGUCCGUAAUGCAGGAUAUGAGAAAAUGCCUGGCAGCACAUACGCUUUUCAUAACCGCAGCAACAGCAACAAUACACGACUGCAGAAGGAGUCACGAAUGGAUCAAAUCCGAGACAAGUUCUCACACCAUGGUGGCUCUGUGGACAAGGUUAGGCUUCCAUGUGACCUUGCCAAUCAGGCCCGACAAGAUAAAUGGCCGAAAAGGCAGUACCCUUCCCGGGGUUAUGAGGACUACAGAGUCCACCCACUGCAAUGGAAGAACACCUCCAACUCUCAAAGUUACUAUGGCCAACAGAACCCCAGGGUAAAUGGAAGGGGCUGGAAGCAAGGUUUGGAACGUUCCGAUCCAAAUAUCCAAAAUGGUUAUUCCCCAGACAGAAUACCAUAUGGUCCAGGUCAGCGGAAUUCCCUUGAUCUUCCUUGUGAUUUCACCCAAGCUGUGACCUCGGAGCUCCAAAACGUGGAUUACCUGCAGGGAGGAAAGAAUGGUCCCACCUGGUCCAGUGGAGACAUGCCAGGCCCCUCUGUAGCAUCUGGCUUGUGGAACAGGAAGAAAGGCGGCUCUGAUAGUAGUGUUCAGGCACCCUUGUCAUGCAGGCCAAAUGAAACCGUCUCUAACCAGCUGCUUUCUCCAGGGCUUAUGUCGUCUUACCACUUCCAGUCCCCACUGUCACCUGGUGGCAGCCAGUACCAGAGAGGCAAACCCACAGAGUGUCUUCCUAGUGCUUGGUCCCAAGGUAUGCCUCCUGGCAACACGAGUCUGAGCUUCCCUGGCAAACAUUCCAAGGUCGAUCCACCUCUGCUGGAAGAACACCCAUUAGCAUCUGAUAUUCCUAAAAGUUGGCACUGUGCUCCUGGCAGCUGGGGAACCUCACUUCUGCAAGAACAUCCAGACAAACUCUACUCCAGCCGCUACAAGUGUAACUCGGAGGGCCGUGACGACAUGAAGGGUAUGAAGAAGAACAACCACUGGUUUUCCCCAACCCCUGGUGCCGUGGGCCCUAACCGGAACCACUACAACAACAAUAUCCUCAACAAUUGCCGCCGCAAACAAGACCAAGACCGAAGUAGUGACUCGUUGCAUGUUGGACCACCUUUUCCGCUCCUUAAAACGGGUCAAAAACAGAGCCCUGGAUCGACGCAGUUGGGCCUCCAUCCAGCAAGUAGCAGGAAAGGCAAUGGGGUCUUCUCCUUGCCUCCAUCAGCAUUUCCUUUUCCUGACCUUAUAGAUGUGCUUCAGGGAGAAGAUUUUCGCCAGCUCAGCCCCUUUGUCAGCGAGUUGCUUGGCAGUGAAAUGCCGCCUCCUUUCUUUGGGUUUCCUUCACACUCUAGCAAGUAUCGACCCAUAAGGAACCGCACGGGUCCUGCCAGCGAGCUGCACAUGCAACUGGAGGUGUGCUAUGAGCAGUGGAGGACCUUAGAGAAAGAGAGGAAGAAGACUGAGGCCAGUUUAGCCAGGAACUUUCCUGGGCGGAGAAUGACUGGUUCCCACAACAGGCCCGUUCCUGCACUUCCUGCCAAUCCAUCCAGAGUUGACCGUUUGAUCGUGGAUCAGUUGCGAGAACAUCAGAGAGUUAUGACCCUGGUUGGGAAGAUGGAGCAUCUUCGUGGAGCUCCAGUGCACGCCAACAUCAGCACCACCCUGGAAUGGCACCUGGAAGCCAUCCACCUCACGCAGGCACGGCGCAAGGAUGAGGUCAUCAACUCCACCAACCGAUACAGGCAAGGGGCACCAAGAGGACACGAUGAUAAAGCAGACGUCCUGGCAUUGGCGUCCGCCAUCAAGGACUUGGCGGUUCUGACCCGCAAGGCCCGCACGGCCCUGUGGUGUGCCCUGCAGAUGACCCUGCCCAAAAGUGCAGCUGGCACCCCUGCCGAGCUGGAUCGAGCCCUGCAGGAGCUGUGUGACCCAGGGAACAACGAGGUGUUGGGGGUGGCGCACAGGAGGAACCAGCAGCCUGCGGAGAGGAAGGGGGAUGUGCAGGAUCUGGGCCCGGGAGGUAUUGGGGAGGCUGAGGAGGAGCGAGAGAAAGACUCUGAGAAGAAACUGUGACCAUGGGCUUGUGUUCUGUUGGUGUUGCGGUUACUAUGGGAAGAAUCUUAAAAUGUAGAGGAGAUGAAGUUGGACACAUGCGUAAUGUGUGUGUGAGCGUGCUUGAAUGUGAAAUUCUCCACAUUACUGUUUUGGACCUUCAAUUCAUUGAAUGAGUUCAAAUGUUCGUUUGAACGCAAACGCGUUCCGUUGCCAAGCAUCCAAUCCUAUGUUUUCUACGUACGUUGCUGAGUGUGUUACAUUUACGUUGAGUUGAGAUUGUUUGCCAGUUCUCGUUCUAUGAAGCACGGUUUCUCCCCCUCCCCCCCCCCAUUUUACCGAAACGUGAGACACAUAGACAUGUUUAUAGAUUGGCCGUAGUGCUGUGUGAGACCCAGCGAACGUCUCGCCACCGUGUGCCAAAAGAACCGAGCCGGUUCGAGAUGGGUCGCUGUCACGCCUCCUUGCCCUGUCCUCUUCCUCCUCUUGGCACUUCCAAACUGCCACAGAAGCUGUGUUGAGAUGCCAUUGUGGUUGUUGUAUCAGUUCUGUGCCUUGUUGUUCUCAGUGGUUUAAACUUCAGAAACUGGAAAAGACACGCUAACGAUGCAUAAAUGUCCUAACAUGAGAUGACUUUAAAGCAUUGGUAGAAAAUAUGUUUUUUUUGUGUGUGUGUGUGUGUGUGUGUGUGUGUGUGUGUGUGUGUGUGUGAGAGAGAGAGAGAGAGAGUGAGUGAGUGUGAGUUGCUGCUUGUGAGCCUUUCUGUUUAAUUAGAUGGGUUAUAAGAUGAUACUCAGGAUCACAACUAACACCAGUGGAGAGUUAAAAAGGAUUUCUGUCUUAGUAAGCACUUAUACGUUAUAUUAUGUUACGGGAAUUUAGAGACCAUAUUUAUUUUAAUUAUUAAAAUUGCGUUGGAAAAAAUAGUAUUAAUGCAUCUGGUAGUUUCCUACUAGAUCAGAAUGACCUAUUUACUCAGGAAAUGUGUAUUUAGUAUAUUGUUUUAAGCAUGUUUAAAUAAUCUAACUAUACUAAGUUACCAAAGGUAAUACAUUUAAAAUACAUUUAAUUACCAUUUUAUGUUGAUGUAUAUGUUUGCUACUUCGGCUUUUGCAGUAUACAGAGCUUAUCAAAUAGUAUUUCUACUAUGACUUAGACAAUCACCACAUUUGUACAACUUAAAAUGCAGCAUUUUUGAAUGUAGGUAGCCACACAGAAACACAGGAAUGAUUUGUUAUUUCGGAGUAGUAUUACAGGAAUGACUUUUAGUUUAGUUCUGAUAUAAUACUAUAAGGAAAAUGCAUCGUUUUAACCUGAAAAGAAUAAUGUCAAAAUGCAGAAUCAAGAAUAAAGCAGCACUAAAUGGAUAUUCAAACACCACAGCUGACAAACUCCUGUACGUAUUUACUCUCUGCUUUUGAGCCUUCAGAAAACCCUAGUGGCCACUUCCUGUCAUAGUGUUUUUAUAAUAAUCUACUUGUCUAUGUAUUUUCAUGGAUAAACAAAAAAACUUAAAUGAAGAUUUAUGUGCUUAUUCCCUCUAAUUUUAUUUUCCGAUUUAAAAUCCUAACUUUGAACUUUCAGUUUUUGUGGAUGGGUCAAAAUGUUAUUUAGUCUGUUUGCAUGCAAACACCCUAGUGAUGAGCACGUAUAAAGAUACCUGUUUUAUACAUUUCUCAAUUACUAUAAUGUACGUUGAAGUAGAUUAUAUCAUAUCUACCUCAUUUUAUUAACAUUGAUAAAGCACUUCAGGUUUUCAUAAAUGGAGAAAGAUACGACAGACCAUAUAACAGUGUUUUCAGAUCUAUAUCUUCAGUUUUGUGUUCCUGUGAAUUGUGUGUGCGUUCACAGUGCUUGGCUGUCAGACCAAUUUAAUUUUUUCAUUUUUUAACUUGUAUAAGAUAAGGUAUUAAGAACCCAGUAGAGAGAAUUCCCAAUCUCGCGCUCACUUUCAUGCUGAAUUUGGGUGGAUUGACUAUGUUGGUGUGCUUUGUGCUCAACGUUUCCCAUCUCUAGCUCUAGUUUGUGUGUGAAAUAACAUGCAGUGAAGUCACUGCAGAUCAGAUUGAUCUAAAAAUGACGACAUGUUUUGUAAUAAUUGUUGCUGACGUAUUUGUGCAUUUGGAAUUAAGACUUUGUUUACAUUACGUAUUAAUAUGUAGCCAGAAGAGUAUAUGAAUGUAAAUGGUCAUAUAGCGCAGAUGAUGCUAUAUAUAGAUCAGAUAACACUAUAUAUUUCAGUAUUUUUCUUUUAAUAUUUUUUGUAAAGUAGCACUGGAGAAAUUCAAUUAAAGCUUAAGAGAGUAUAUGUGCCUUCCGUUCGUCAUACUCCCCAAAUAUUAAAUUAUAUAUAGUGGCCACUGCACAUUUUACUUUUUGUGUCAACUGAUAUUUUUGUAUAUGAAUCACAUUGCCAGUUUUUUUUUAUUAUUAUUUUGCAGAGUAGCAUGUUGUUUUUUUUUGUAGCAAUUGGAUUUCACGGUGCAUCACCUCAGGAUGGCUGGUCGGGGUUCCCAAACCAGCAGGGAGAUUAUUGAAUAAUGUGGCUUGUUUCUGAAGGAAAAGCCCUGGUUGUUUUCACCUGGGUCCCCUUGGGAUGUUUAAUAUGAAGUGAGGGGCUGCAUGUCUCUUCUCUUUUAGCACUGUCCUAGAGUUAAAAAAAAAAUUAAGAAAAAAAAAAGUUUACAAAUCAGGAUUUUUUUUUUUUUUUUUUUUGCAGUUAUGGAUCGUUAGCAAUAUAUGAUACUUGUUUCAUUCUUCGUCCAGACGUAUGGACUGUGGGACCCCAUAAGUGUUUGUGAAUUAUUUUUUAUUUGCUUUGUAAUGUGAAGGUUGUUAGAUGUAUGUACAGAGGAAAUUUAAUUUUUCUUGACACUGUAGCAGCUUUACAGAGGCAGAGUAAAACACGUGUUUGAGUUUUAGGUUUCAGCUCUUCAUGUGCCAUUGAACUUCAUCUGUCGAACGACAGGCUUCUGCAAGUCCUUUAACAUUGUCCAUUAAACUAGACAGCCACUUAAAAUCUCUACAUAUCCAUAAAAGCUGAAAUCUCAGCUGCUGUGUGUUUUCCUGUAGAUUCGUAGUGCCGUACCACAUUUUAAUGUGUAAUCAGUCAGAACUCGGAUCAUGCACCCAAGUGUUUCCUUUGUUUGGCCGUCGACUAUAUGCCAGGAUAUCUAACCUCUUGGGAAAGUAGUAUAUAGGAAAAACUGGCCAAUUAGGCUGAGCACAGUGACUGUGGUGCCGAAAAAGUCUGUGGAAUAUGUUGCGAUGGGUUUGCCGUUGGAAUGGGUGGUGGUUCUCAGUGUUGAUUAUACUGGCGUGGAGCUGUGAAUCUUUUUUGUUGGCCAGCUAAUUCUUGAUGGCUAUCAUAUUGAAAGUGUUGUAGAUGCCAGCCAGUGUUGGAGCUUGGUGGAGAUAUGAGACGAGGAUUUAAAUGCAGGUGGAGAAAAGGUGAUGUAAUGAAGGCCUUUUUGUUUUGCUUGCAUAUGCAAGUGGAGAGCUGUUGGAAAAUGGUCCCCCCCCCACCCCAAUUUUAUGCAGAGGCAUGGCCAGUAAUGCAGAGUAAAUGUUUUCUAUUUUUCCUAUAUAUUAAGGUAAUGUACACAUACAAAAUCACAUGAAGCUCUGUAGAUUUUUUUUUCCUUAGUAAAUUUAUAACUGGACUUUAAAAAUCAGGUUAUCAUUUAACUGUAGACAUAGCAUGGAACGUAUUUAUGCAAUAAGAAUAUGCCAGUGUCUUGGAUACUCUUAAGUAACAUGGAUUCUGUGGAACAAAUAUCUUGAAUAUUUCAAAGUUUUAAUUGUACUGGGUGCUUGAAUUUCCCUAUCCUCUGUAUUCUGCUACAAGUGGCAUUCUUAAAUCAAUUUGUAGCUACUUGCUUGUUGCUGUAUCGGAACUUAAUUGACCUGAAGCAAUAGCUUUGGAACUCUCAAAAUGUUACUACUUCAUUAUGACCAGCAGGGGGCAGAAUGAUUAGAGAAGUUGCUGCAUUUCCAAAUCCCCUUAAUUGCAUUCCAUGAAACAUAGGCCAUUUCUAUUAUGAGAAGGUGUUUCAGAAAGACUGCUCUAAUGUGAUUGGUUACUGAUAAAAUCAUAUGGAACCAUGAAGUAAUUACAGCUAAUACAGGAGACGAUUUUUCAAAAAAGUUUGGUUCUGUGUUGGUAUUCACAAUUCCCUAUCCUUGCACUUUUAACAGAAGUAUAUGUAUGUUCAGUCAUGUUUAUCUUUUUAAAACCCCAUAAUUGGACCACAGUGACCUUACUGCAUAUCGAUUUGUUUAAAUGUCAAAUGUCAGCAUCAUUUAAUCAGUUUUGUCAUUUCAGGUUUCUUUCUGUUCAUCAUUAGAUGUGUUAAGGGGGAAUUUGGCGGUACAGUUUUAGUUAAAAGGACCCAAAUUUUUCAAUUAAUGCAACCAAAGCCGAAUAUUUCGUUCUUUUUUUCCCCUUCACUUGGCCCACAUUAUUCCAACAUUUGUUUGAUGUUCUCCUGAAGGAGAACUCCUGCAUUUGUACCAUUUAAUAGCUGUAUUACGUAUUCUCCGUCAUACCAGCAAAAUGAGUGUUGUGGUUCUGGAUUAAUUCCGGGACAAAGCACUUAUGUCAAACACUGUUCAGCCUCUUGGAACACUGUGAUUUUUGCUGAAAUCUUGUGUCUGUGACUUUAAUCUUGUGGUGCACAGGACUUUAUCAGUUGUUAAUGGUAAUUGGUAACUGACAUUUCAGUAUUUUUAUGUAGUUGGUCAUUCAUGUCUUUUUGGUAUUUGCAUUGAAAGCUGAUGGUAUGAGGAGUAGGUCACCUGCUUUUCCAUGGGAGACAUUCAAACCACUCUGUGUGAGUUACGAAAGCCGUCAUCCUUCAGUCAUUUAUAAGAGCAUUUCAGUAAAUGCUGAAAUGGGCCAGUUUUUUGUACCACUUUUGAAGAAAUGUUCAGGUUAGACAGAUUUCAAAGAUUGACACUAUUCACUUAUCCAAGUCGAAGAAGAUUAAGCUUCAAGAUAUGCCUCUGUACAAUGAGGUUUUAUUUUUGUUACUCUUUUAAAUGAGCUUUAAUCGUAUAUAUUGCCACUUGUGUUUUUAUUUUGUGCUGUUCAGUAUCUGUCUGGCUUGUCUGACACUUGGACUCCUACUUGGGUGUCCAUGAGAGAGUGUCAGUGCUGAGUUUGAUGUUACGGUUCAUGUUUAUUGCAUUGUGUUGCAGAGUUGCCUUGAAAGUUUUAUGGAAAAACCUGGUUUGUGAUGUUGAAAAUGAUCUAGCACAUUACUGACAGAAUUAACAAAAUAAAAGUUGUCAAUUUAACACC